AUGCAGGACGCUGAAAAUGAAAAGAAAGACCUUCCAUUUAAACAUCAAAAUGAGAUAUCGACCAAACUGAGCAAGGCAGAGAACCUGCUGAAGGAUCUGUUCCUGGACGUCGAUAAAGCCAAGAAGCUCAAACACCCUCAAGCCAGAGAAAUUGAAAAUGAUAUCAGCCACCUUCAUGAGCGGUGGCUGAAGGACUGCAGCUUCUACAGAGACAUCUAUGACCAGAUUGACGACGUGUCACUGAUGCCCAGAAUUAACUGGGGGCCCAUUUUGAUUCAGAAGCAAAAGGAGCUGAAUGGAGAGGAGUACGGCCCCAACAUGGCCGACCUGGAGAAGCAGAUUGCUGCUCACAGCAUCCUGCAUAAAGAGAUCAAAGCUUACAGCUCCCAGCUUUGUGUCAGCUCUGCAGGCAGCGAGGAGAAAUAUGCUGUCUUUAAGAAACAACAUAACAACCUGCUGGACAACUCCAAAUGGCGGCACCACUACCUGAACAGCCUCUACGAGUACAUGCAGGGCUGCUGCAGGCUGCUGAACUUCCUGAGAGACGAACAGGAAAAGAUCAAGAAGCAGGACUGGAGCGAUCAAAUGCUGCAUCCUCCUGACAUCCGCAGGCACUACGAGAACUUCAAGAACAACGGUCUUUUGUUCCAUGAGAGUGAAGUGAACAGACUCCAGCAUGAAGGAGAAAGGCUCAUCGAACUGAACCACCCGGCCAGCGAAACAAUACAGGCCCAAAUAGAAACGGUGCGAAACGAAUGGCAGAAGUUCCUGAAUCUCUGCAUUUGUCAGGAAACACAUCUGGAAAAUGUGGAUGAAUUCAAAAAGUUUCAAAUGGACGCUGAGCAGCUGUCAGAGACACUGACUGAACUCAGCACCACUUUGGCCCCAGAGUCCGUCAGGCAGAAGAGUAAUUCAAAGACACUUCUGCAGAUGGAGGCAGAGGAGAAGACGGUGCAGAACUGUGAGCAGCUGCUGACCGUCCUGAGGAGACGAAGUUCGACCAUCUCUCCUCUGAAGCUGCGUCGCGUUUCCUCCAACACUCCCAUCACAGUGAAGUCGCUGUGUCACUGGAAGACUGACCAGGCUUCUCUGUCCAGAGGGGAAAGGUUCACCCUGAAAUCCCUCUCUGACAACGAGAACUGGGAUGUAAUCUCAGCUGAUGGAGAAACCGAAACUUUCCCAGGAGUUUGCUUCCUAAUCUCACCUCCUGACCCAGACGGCAUUGAUAAAGUUGACUCUUUGGCGAGUGAGUUGGCAGAAAUCAAGAAAAAGAGAGCGGCUCUGGCAGCGUCCCUGAAGAACCCCAGAUCAGAUGUCUCUAUCGCUCAGCAGUCAGGUGUUUGUCUUUCACUUCUUUACCACCAUGAUGUCUAA